AUGAAGGAAAAAGUUCAAAAGCCUUCCGAAAAGGAAAAAGAACUGAAGAAGCUUCCUAAAGAAGAGAAAGAAAUGAAGAAACCUUCUGUGGAGGAAAAACCUCACCGAAAAGAGAAAGAACCAACUAAAAAGGAAAAAGAACCAACAGAACUCCCCAAAGAAGAGAAAGAACCAUCACAUCCUAAAGUGGUACAUGAACUCAAAAAGCAUCUCAAAGAAAAGGAGGAAGAAUUACUGCAUCCAAAAGAAGAAAGAGAACCAAAGAAGCCCUCAAAAGAAGAAAAAGAACCAGAAAAACCACCUAAGAAGGCCAAAGAAGUAACAAAGCCUCCAAAAGAAGAGAAAGUAGUAGCAAAACCUCCAAAAGUAGAAACAGAAAAGAUCUCAAAAGAGAAGAAACAACCAGUUUCUAAAGAGGUGAAAGAGGAAAAGAAAGAGAGGCUUCUCAAAGAAGAGGUAGUACCAAAGAAACCCUCUAAAGAAGAAAAAGAACCUUCAAAACAUCCUAAAAUGGAAGAAAAAGAAAGAAAAGGGCCUACCAAAAAAGAGACAGAACCAAAGAAGCUGUCUAAAGAAGAAGAGGUUAAGAUUUCUAAAGUAGUAAAAGAGGUCAAGAAGAUUCACAAAGAAGAACAUGAACCAAAGAAGACCUCUAAGAAGGAAACUGAACCAACAAAGCCUUCUAAAGAGGAGAAAGAAAUCAAGAAGGCUCCCAAAGAAGACAAAGAACCUGCAAAGAAGAAAGACAUUAAGACAGAAGCUAAACCCCAAAAGGCUGCAAGAGGGAUUAAAGUAGUCAAGAAGGAGGUUGCAUCUGUCCUGAAGAAGGAACAUCUUAAUGUAACAAAAGCAGCUGUUGAACACAAGAAGCCUGUAAAGGUCCUGAAAGCUGCUAAAAAGCACAUAAUCCCUGUCCUGAAAAAGGAACAUAUGAAUGUCACAAAAACAGAGGGUCGUGAAGUUACUAAGGUGAAAGCCAAACCAGAACCUCCAAAGACAAAGAAAGUGGCAGCUCCCAAGGAGCCCAAGAAGGAAUCAAAACAAAAAAUCAAACGUAAACCUGGAAAACCUGAUAUUGAUGAAGUGAAGGAAAAGAAAAAAACAAUCCCAACAAAGAAAGAAACUGAGGUUUCUAAACCAAAGGUCAAACCUACACCUGUUCAUAAAGAUGCUGAAGUUACCAAAGAAAAAGCCAAACAUGCUCCUUCAAAGAAGGAGGUUCCAAAGGAAAAGGCCAAAGCAGCUCCGGCUAAGAAAGAGGCAGCUGCUCCAAAAGAAAAGCCUGAGCCAGUUAUCUUGAAAAAAGGACAUGGAGGCCCUGCCAGAAAUGCCUCUCUGGUGAAAGAGAAGGUCAAAAUAGUGCCUAUAAAGAAAGAUGUCAAGGUGGCAAAGGAGAAAGUCAAAGCAGUAUUUGCAAAGACAACAGCUGAGGUUUCAAAACAGAAGUCCAAACCAGUUCAUAUAAAGAGGGAAACUGCUCCACUCAGGAUAAAACCAUCCCUGGUAGUCAAAGAAGCAGGAGCCCCACAGAAAAAUGUCUCUCUAACAAAGGAGAAAGCGAAGGUGGUGCCAUUGAAGAAAGAAGCUGUUCUGAAAGAAAAGGCAAAAGCAAAAACUUCACAGAAAGAACAUGAGGUUAAGCCAGUUCAUGCCAAAAAAGAGCCAGAGGCUACAAAGGAGAAGCCUAAACCAGCUCAUGAAAAGAAAGCUCCUUCUAAAUCAGAGGAAACAAACAAAGAAAAGGUCAAAUCACUCCUAAGGAAAAAAGAGCCAAAAGUCCCAGAGGAGAAAGUCAAACCAAAAGCCAUGUUGAGGGAAAAGGCCAAGCCAGUCCGUGUGAAGAAAGAACUGGAGACUUCUAAAGAAAAAGACAAACCUGCUGCAGUGAAGAAAGUCAUGUCUAAGGAAAAGACCAAACCAGUCCGUGUGAAGAAAGAAGACAGAGUUCUUAAAGAGAUACAGGAGUCGGCAAAGAAAGAAAAAUCUGCUGAGAAGAAAGCUACCAAAGAGGAAAAAGUAAAAGCAGAGCCGGCUGUAUCAGACAGCUUUCUUAUGGAUGAAGAGCUGCCCUACUUCCAGUGUUUCUUUGUGGACGAGGAUGAGGCCCAGUUUCCAUUCUAUGCCUUCUCACCAUUGUAGAUUUGAAGCUUCAGUCUGAAUCCAGUCUGCAGUUUACAAUUUAGUCAAUUUACUGAUAAUGACAAGGUCACAUCAUGCCCUGCACUGUGUUACUGAAACGCAGCCUGCAGUUCAUUGUUGGUCUUCAGUAGAAAACCCUGAUGGCAGGGGAUGAUUUUAUGAGAUGGACCGUUUCUUAUUUCCAGAUUUGGUUGAGCUCUCAUACCAACUACAUGCAGCUAGUGUCAUUCCUUUUCCAUUUCUUUAUUUGAUUUUUCAAAAUUUUUUGUGUUAAUUUCUUUUAAAAAGUCGAUACAAUAUAAUCUGUAUUAUCCUUUGUGGAUCAUUUGUUUUAAAUCACAGCAACCUUAUGAAAAUAUGUUUAAUAUUUUAACUGUUCAUUUAAUUUUCUCGUAAUCAAACUGUAAAAAGCAUCACCUCUGUGCUGCAGCACAAUGGUGUUUUUUUUUUUAAGUAGAAACAUAGUUUGCAGGGUACAAACGUGGCUCCAACUGCUGAUCCAAGGCUGAUAGGGGUUCAGUUCCUCUAAGCCCACAUUUACUUGAAAAGUGGUUUGUACAGUAGUGGCACAUUCAUUUUUGUCAUCUUCGUUACUUUAGCUUUUUUUCUUCAGCGCAUCAUAGAUGGCAAAGUUUUU